UGCGGAUGGAAACGAAAAAAGAGACGCCCCGUUUCGCUGGGUAUACCACGUCCUUUCUCCGUGUGUCUUUUUUUGCCCUCUCUGCUGGCAUAGACACUGCACAGAUAUACAUGUAUACCUUGUUGUUUUGUCUAUUAGUACAGUAUAUAAAUGCCCGGCUCGGAUGGAAUCAGCCUGGUCAUUCGCUAAGUCAGCGUCAAGUUGAGCAGUCAGUCGAAAGCCGAUUCUGUUUCUAUUGAAGACAAAUUCGAAUCAAAGUUGAGUGCAAUUUGCUAAAUCGACGCUAUGAUGAAAUGCCGCCUGAAUCUUUGACGGACUUGCCAGCCAACCGUUCCACACGACAUCAGUUACGACUAGUGCCCAGUUAUUACCCAGUUAAUUACUCAGUGCAAACUCAUCCAAAGUGAAAUUCCGAAAUUUCAUUUGAAAUUUGAUCGAAUUCAAAUUGAAUUUUUUAAAAUAAAAUGAAAUCGACUGUUUUCUUCAUCAUCGUGUCCAUGUGCAUCGGGCCGUCUCUCUGCGCCUGGGGUAGACCCAGAGCGUCAAAGUCCAGCACGACCACCACCACCACGACCAGUCCUCUUCCGCCCAGCAGCAACAGCAGCCGGAUGGGCCUGGAACGUCGGGUAGGUAAACCCGACGAAGAAAAGGACUACGAGGACGGCGGAUCCCUGGAACUGGACGGAAUCGAGUCGACCGUCAUCAACGGGACGGACCAGGAGGAGCGAUUCUUCAACAAAUUUCCGCUCCACGUCUUCAUGAAGAAGAAGCGGCCGUUCGUGAGCUUCUCGACUGUUACGCAAACGUCGACCAUCACGGCCCUGAUCACGUCGUCGACGGUAGGACUCUGCGCCAAACUGGUCAACGUCACUGGUGCCUGUCGACUGCGCCGGGGCAUGUGGGUCGAUGACCCCAUCGUCCUGAGCUUCGACGACGACAUGGACUCGAUCGACGAGGCCCUUUCGCCCAGCAAAACUUUAAGCAUCGAAACGACUUCCGUGCCGGAAGCGAUGGUCGCCCAAGGGCGGAGUAGUAGCGACGAGGUGAUACAAAAUGGAGCGCGGGACCGGAGGAUUUCGGUCCGGUCGGGAUCGGUGAUCCACUCGUCCAAGGAGGAGGUGGGAGGAGAGUCGAGAGAUGACGACGUCCAGGAGAGUCGGUUCGGCUUUUUCGGUUUAAAGAAGAAAAUCAAAAACAAAAUGAAAUUCAUCACCGUCAUCACGACGACGCUGGUGACGUCGACCAGCACGUCGACCUAUUACGUCACCAUCAGCACCAAGACCUUUUACAUUCAACUGUGCACGCCGUCACCUUUCCCCUUCAACAUCUGCCAGGGCCGGAAGAAACGGCAGCUCGAAAUCGAGCAGCAAAAUUCCCAGUAAAAAAUCAAA